AUGGCAGCAGCAAGCGGAGAUCUCGACUUUAGACUGGUUGUUGUAGGCAAGACUGGAGCUGGGAAAAGCUCCAGUGGAAACACCAUACUGGGAAGAGAUGCCUUUGGAGCAGCAGUCAGUCAGUCCUCAGUCACUGCACAGUGCUGCAAGCAGAGUGGGGAGGUGUUCGGCAGGGAGGUGACCAUCGUUGACACUCCCGGCCUCUUCGACACCUCAUUACCUGAUCACAUCGUGAAGAGGGAGAUCUCCAAAUGCAUCAACAUGUCGGCCCCAGGGCCCCACGCCAUCCUGCUGGUCAUCAAGAUGGGACCCUUCACACAAGAGGAAAGAGAUGCUGUGGAGAAGGUGGAGGAGAUCUUUGGAGACGGUGCCUGGAAGUACACAAUGAUCCUCUUUACACUGGACGGUGAAACUGGACUGGACAUCCAGAGUGAGCUGGAUGAGGCUGGGCCUGAACUGAAGGAGGUCCUGCAGAAGGCCCAGAACAGAUACCACGUCUUCAACAACAGCCAAGCUGAUGAUCGUGGUCAGGUCCUGGAUCUACUGGAGAAGGUGGAGAGGAUGGUGGCUGACAAUGGAGAAGAGUUUUACUCCAACUACACCUACAAGCAGGUGGAGGAAAUGUUGAAGCAGAGAGAGUCGGAGCUCAGAGAGUUCUACGAUAAAGAAAUGCAGGAGAAAAUAAAAGCUGUGGAGUUAAAGUACAAGAAGCUGAUGGAGGCUCAGAAGGAACAAUCAGGCAUGAAGAGACGAUGUCAGGCUGAAGUGCAGGAAGUGAAGCGCUUUUUCAAAGCUUUAGAUGUCCGCCAUGUUGUAGAGCAGACUGUGGAAACAGACACCAUGGAUGACAUUCAGAAGUUUCACAUGACCCUAAAACUAAAGUUUACCCCUUAA